UCUUCUUAAAAGCCAUCAGAUGGCCUCAGAUCCUCGAGCCAUCAAAACCUAGCUUUUUCCCUGCGAUGACGAAGAUCGUGGGGACGCUGGGUCCGAAGUCAAGGAGUGUUGAAGUGAUCUCUUCUUGUCUUAAAGCUGGGAUGUCUGUGGCACGAUUUGAUUUCUCGUGGGGGGACAUUGAUUACCACCAGCAAACUCUGGAGAACCUCAAGAUGGCUGUUAAGGGCACCAAAAAGCUCUGCGCUGUGAUGCUCGAUACAGUUGGACCAGAGUUGCAGGUUGUCAACAAAAGUGAGCGUGCGAUUUCACUUGAGGCAGAUGGUUUUGUCACCCUGACACCUGAUCAAUCCAAGGAAGCAUCCUCUCAGCUGCUGCCGAUAAACUUCACCGGACUGGCAAAGGCGGUGAAGGCAGGCGACACUAUAUUCAUUGGUCAAUACUUGUUCACUGGAAGUGAAACUACUUCAGUUUGGCUAGAGGUUGCUGAGUUAAAGGGUGAUGAUGUUGUUUGUGUGAUUAAGAAUACUGCUACUCUGGCUGGAUCUCUUUUCACUCUGCACAUUUCUCAAAUACACAUCAACUUACCUACACUAACAGAUAAUGACAAAGAUGUCAUUAGUAAAUGGGGUGUUCGGAAUAAUAUCGAUUUCCUCUCAUUAUCAUAUACAAGGCAUGCAGAGGAUGUUCGACAUGCGCGUGAAUUUCUGUCAAAGUUAGGCGACCUCCACCAGACCCAGAUUUUUGCAAAAAUCGAAAACAUUGAGGGGUUGACCCAUUUUGAUGAGAUUCUACAAGAAGCGGACGGCAUCAUUCUUUCUAGGGGGAAUCUGGGAAUUGAUCUCCCACCUGAGAAAGUAUUUCUGUUUCAGAAAGCUGCUCUAUAUAAGUGUAACAUGGCUGGAAAGCCUGCAGUUGUUACUCGUGUGGUUGACAGUAUGACCGACAACCUAAGGCCAACUCGUGCAGAGGCCACCGAUGUUGCCAAUGCAGUACUUGACGGAAGUGAUGCAAUUCUUUUAGGUGCUGAAACUCUCCGUGGGUUAUACCCAGUUGAAACCAUUUCCAUUGUGGGUAAAAUUUGUGCAGAGGCUGAAAAGGUUUUCAACCAAGACCUGUACUUCAAGAAGACUGUGAAGUAUGUUGGAGAGCCUAUGACUCACUUGGAGUCUAUUGCUUCAUCCGCCGUGCGUGCUGCAAUUAAAGUUAAGGCUUCUGUCAUUAUUGUCUUUACUUCAUCCGGAAGGGCGGCAAGAUUAAUUGCGAAGUACAGGCCUACAAUGCCUGUAUUAUCAGUUGUCAUCCCUCGGCUCAAGACAAACCAACUCAAAUGGAGUUUUAGUGGUGCUUUCGAGGCUAGACAGUCACUUAUUGUUAGAGGGCUUUUCCCAAUGCUCGCGGACCCUCGUCAUCCUGCUGAGUCCACGAGCGCCACCAACGAGUCAGUUUUGAAGGUUGCUCUCGAUCAUGGAAAGGCCUUUGGGGUCAUAAAGUCACAUGACCGAGUCGUCGUUUGCCAAAAAGUAGGUGAUGCUUCUGUGGUGAAGAUCAUUGAGUUGGAAGAUUGAUAACUCUAGAGAUUUGGCUGCAAUAAAGCUUUUUUUUUGUUUCUCGACGCUGAAGGAAAGCAGGGUAGAAUGCUGAAUGUUAUAUUGUGAGGUUGUGCUGGCAGGGGCACAGACCUUUUACAUUUGUAUGUAGAUGCUCAUGCGUGGUUUUACUGGGCAUAUGAUUGCAACAAUGACAACAUGCAAACUUCUGAGAUGUGCAAUAACAGUCUCUUUUUUGUUCCUCA